AUGAAGGCGGGGGCGUUCAUCUCUUUAGCUUUUGCUGUGGGCCUGGCUGGUACCGUAGCUGGCCAGACAUGUUACCCGCCGUUCACGCUGGUGGGCUCCAAGUGCGUGUAUCUAGAGACCGCUGUGGAGAUGUCGUGGCAGGAGGCGAGGGACUACUGCAAGGGGCUUGGAAGUGACUCUGGCGGCGGGGAUCUCGCUGCCUUCCCGGUCUGCGACGACUACGUGGCUUUUGCAAGGUACCUCGAACUUAACGCUCCCACGAACAAGACGAUGUGGAUGGGCGCCCACACCCUCUUCUCGCCCAACAUGUGGCAGUGGGUAACCGGUGACGACCUGCAGACGGGCGUGCCUUUCUGGUACUACAACGAGAACUACAUUGACACAGAGAACUGCGCCGCUGCGGACGGGAGCUACUACUACCGGCUGAUCGACGCUCAGUGUGACCUCGUCAAGAACUUCGUGUGCGAAAUCCCGCCCACGCGCGAAGAACAGGCAGCGAUGGUUGCGUCGGAGCCCCAGGCGCUUGUGGACCCCGCAUGUCACGACCAUGGCAUUGUGAUUGGAGAUUUCUGCUAUGUGUUCUACAUGCACGCAGAACCUUGGGAAGUAGCGGAGGAGAAGUGUCGAAACAGCCAUCACGAGCAGGGGGGGGAAUUGUACUACCCCAGCGGGUGCCAUGAAUUCACGCACAUGGCGCAUCACCUGGAGGCCGCAGAGGACACGAACACAUACUGGGUGGGCGGCAUGGACAUCUCGGGCAACGAGGAGUGGACGUGGGUGAACGGCGGGAACAUCCCUGGCGGGCCUCCGUACUGGGCCACGGGAGAGCCCAGCCACAACCACGACAACGAGCCCCGCGAACACUGCACCGUCAUGACCUCCGAAAAACGGUACUACCUCAAUGACGUCCACUGCUCCGACCCCCACCCGUACAUCUGCAAGCUGCGGUUCUUCUAAAUACUUGAGGGAGGGACCAAAGCCUCAAAUUCACACCUGUUUGAAAGAGAGACACUGUAAUUGUUUUCAUUUGUAUCGUGUUCGAAGCUAUUUCUUUCUUCAGGUUCAGAAUUUGAAACAGUUUAUAAUAAACAGU